AUGGCUUACUCCGAUAUCGAUUGGGUUCGUGCAUUACCUCUUGUACUUCUCGGUAUUCGCUCAGCUUUUAAAGAAGACAUCAAGGCGACUUUAGCUGAGAUGGUAUACGGAGAAACUCUUUGCCUGCCUCAUGAGCUUUUUGUUUCAAGUCCUGUGAACAAGAGUUUUGAUGAUCUUAAAAGUUUCCUUUCGAGCUUACGAGAGUUCAUGUCACGCUUACGACCAGCUCCAGCAUCAAGGCAUUGUCAACCUGGGGUGUUUGUAUUCAAGGAAUUAUCAGAUUGCAGCCAUGCAAUUUUGACAGAAGGGCCGAUUCUCAAAGCUCAACAGCCACCGGAUACUGAGCCUUUUGCAAUAGUUGAACGAGAUCAAAAAACGGUUACUUUGAGAAUUCGUGGCAAUUCGAUAAAAUUUUCAAUUAACCGUGUUAAACCAGCUUUUGUCAUUCAAGAUGAAGUUUUAACACCUGUUUCUACGUCAGUUCCUGUUUUUAUUUUUAAUACUGAAGAUGUGCCUACGGUGCUCCAACCAGUUGUUGAACGCACAACACGUUCCGGCAGAAAAGUUAGAUUCAGAGACGUUUUGAAUUUAUAG